UUUUAUUAAUUAUUAAUUAUACAUGCCUUAAUUAUCCAAGCAAAUUCAAUACGGACUUGUUGCAGCUUUCGCAGUUGGUUUGGGUACACUCAAAGUUGCUUAACGACCAUUUGAAACAUGCAUAGGAUAUGUUCUCUCUUUAGGAUCUAUUGUUAUCUUAUUAGGUUGGGACAAGUUACCAUUUAACCAAACUAAUUCAACUGAUGGUGAGGAAUUAACAAAGGAUGAAUUAUAUGAAAGAAGAAGACUAUUAAAGGAAGAAAAGAAACGAUAAAAAUAACUUGAAGCUUAAGAGUUGAAGAAAUAAUAAAGAUCCCCAUCUUCUGAAUCUCCAGAGAAAAAGUCACCAGAAAGAGCAUCUUCUCCAUCAGAAAGUGAAGGAGAAAAGAAGAAAGUGUAAGAAACCAAGACUAAUUAAAAAUAAUAAUAAUAAUAAUAAUCUAAUGUAAAUUAAUAAUAAAAUAAAAAAUCAAAUAAAUAAUAAUAAUAACAAUAACAAUAACAAUAGAAUACAAAAUAAUAAACAAAAGAAAAAGGAAAAUAAACAUAAGAAAAGUAAAAGCCAUAACCAUAACAUGUCGAAGAUGAUGAUGAAGGAUGGGAAGAAGUCUAUGAUCCAAGAUAAAAUAAGAAAGCCAAUCUUCUGAAAUAAUAACAAUAGGCUGAAGCUUAAAAAUAAGCUGAAGCUAAAGCUGCUGCUGCUUAAAAAGCCGCUGAAGAUGCAAAGAUUGCUGCAGAACUUGCUAUAAAAGUUGCUGAAGAAGCCGCUUAAGCUGCUAAACAAUAAAAAGGAUCUAAAGGUAAAAAUACUAAUGCUAAAUAACAAAAACAUGAUGAAGAAGACGCAGAUGAUGAUGGUUGGGUUAAGGUAGAUUCACCAAACAAGAAGCAAAAGGGAGGAAAGAAAAACAAAUGAGCUGUUUUUUUAUGCAUAAAUAUAAAAAUAAAUGUUAUUUAUUAUAUAUUUUAA